AUAUAUAUAUAUAGUUAUUAUAGUCGACAACACCAACAAUAACACCAACAAUAACACCAACAAUACAAUGGAUGAUAAUAAUAGCCAAAAACAACAAUCGGUUGACGAAAAGUCAACCACUGGUGAGCUGACCGAAAAAAUCGGUCGAUUGAGGACUAGAUUUCUGGCCGAAGCCGAAUCCGAGCCGGACAAGUAUCAUCAGAUAGACAUCGAUCGGAUCCGAUCGGAUGAUUGGCAAUUGGAAAGGUUUCUGAUCGGCCACCGGGACGAGGAUGAUGAGGACAGUCAGAUGGAUAAGGCCUACGAUGCACUGGCCAGGGCUAUGCAUUGGAAGCAAACAUUUGGCAUACAUGAGCGCCAGGACCGGUACUUUCCUCGGGAAUUCCUGGAGUUUACCAAAACCCAAUGUUUCGGUCGGGACCGGGAGGGCCGACUGAUUCAAUGGGAAAAAGUAUGUAAUCAUCGAUCAAUCGGCGAGAUGUCCGCGGUAACCAAACAAUUUAUCGGACAUUUAAUGGAAAAAACCGAUCGGGAAGUUGGCCGCCACGGUUUUAUACUGGUAUCGGAUACCCAGGGUUCGGGUCUCGGCAAUAUUGAUACCGAUCAGUUUCGGUUCAAAAUUGAACUGACCCAAUACUACCCCGAAGCUUUGCAGCUGAUCCUGAAUGUUGACCUACCGUGGCUGCUGAAGGGUGUAUCGAAAGUUAUACUAUCGUUUUGCGACCAGCGAUUGAAAGAUAGGACCCGUUUUAUUAGUCGCAAGGAACUAACCGAUUAUAUACCUGCGGAUAUAAUCCCAGUGGAUAUGGACGGUGAACGUGACCCGAAAUAUGUGAUACCCGAUUGUAUGUUACCGAUGAAACAGUUAUCGCAUUUAGGUUUUCCCGAUAAGGCUAUGCAAAAGUAUUAUAAAAGUUUUGGUCAAACAUUUUGAUUUACUAUUGAUUUUGAAUACUAAUAAUUGAAUUGAUUUUUUAAAACAAUUAUUAUUAUUAUAAUAAU